AUGGAUGUCCCCGCCCUCAAGACCCACAACCACAUCACCGGCACCGGCCUCCGCCUCCUGAGCUGGAGACAGACCCACGGAGAGGGGGACACGGCCCCAGGGGGAGGGGGAUACGGCCCCAGGGGGACAGCCCGGCCUAGCGCCAGCCGCCCCGGUCCCUCGCCCCGCCGCAGGUACCGCUGCCAGCGGGAGGCUCGGCCCGACCCUCCCCGCACCCCGUCGGCGGGACAGCCCCGCUCAGCACCGGCCGAGACCCCGGUUUCCCCCUCGGGUCCCCCCGACACCUCCGCGCUCCCCCGACUCCCCCCCGGGGGCUGGAGAGGCAUCGUCACCGCUGUCACUGCCCCCUUUCCAGGGCUGUACGGGAGAGAUGGCAUCCUCCCGGCUCGCAAGGUGCUGCGUCCCAGCGGGAAGGGGCUGUGGGAGCAGCUCCGGGAUUCCCCCACCCUGCUGUGGCUCGGUCCCCGGGUGGGUUUGGACACGGAGCUGGGCAUGGAGCUGCUCUGCCUCCUCGGCAUCCUCGCCUCCCUCGGCGCCCUGCUCUUCGAGCCCCUGCGGGACAGCCUGCUCUUCGCCCUGCUCAGGGUGCUCUACCUCUCCCUCUACCAGGUGGGGCAGGUCUUCCUCUACUUCCAGUGGGACAGCCUCCUGCUGGAAGCAGGGUUCCUGGCGGUGCUGGUGGCCCCCCUGCACCUCCUGAAGUGGCGGUCCACAGCCUGGCGUCCCCACGACAGUGUCACCUUCUGGCUGGUGCGCUGGCUCCUCUUCCGGCUCAUGUUUGCCUCCGGCGUGGUGAAGCUGACCAGCCGCUGUCCCACCUGGUGGGGGCUCACAGCUCUCACCUAUCACUACGAGACCCAGUGCAUCCCCACGCCCGUCGCCUGGUUUGCCCACCAGCUGCCCGUCUGGUUCCAGAAGUUCAGUGUGGUGGCCACCUACGUCAUCGAGAUCGCUGUCCCGCUCCUCUUCUUCGCGCCCAUCCGCCGCCUCCGCCUCUUCGCCUUCUACAGCCAGGUCCUGCUGCAGGUCCUCAUCAUCCUCACGGGUAACUACAACUUCUUCAACAUGCUGACCAUCGUCCUGGCCUUCUCCCUGCUGGACGAGGAGCACGUGGGGCCCUGGCUGGGCCGCAGCAAGAGGAGACACACCAGCACCUGGCCCCCCAGCCUGCGGUCCUUCCUCUCCACCAUGGUGGAGCUCAGCGCCUACGCCCUCCUGCUCUACUGGAGCGCCCAGUACUUCGGCCUGGAGAUCAACUGGGAGAAGAGGCUGCUGGACUCCAAAGUGGCCUUCACCUACCACGAGUUCACCAUGUGGCUGCAGGUGGUGACCCUGCCGCUGGUGGGGCUGGCCUUCCUCUCGCUCGCCUGGGAGAUCCUCCUCGCCCUGUACAGGUGUCUCUGCGUCCGCGGCUGCUUCUGGAAGCUCUGGGCCACGCUGCAGUGGGCAGUGUUCACCACGGCCACCGUGGGGAUGUUCGCCAUCAGCCUGGUGCCCUUCACCUACAUCGACCACGAGUCCAACAGCCAGCUGUGGCCUGGCAUCCGCCAGAUGUUCAAGGCCGUGGAGCGGUACCAGGUGGUGAACUCCUACGGGCUGUUCCGCAGGAUGACGGGCGUCGGGGGGCGGCCCGAGGUGGUGCUGGAGGGCAGCUACGACAAGCAGAGCUGGACGGAGAUCGAGUUCAUGUACAAGCCCGGCAACGUCAGCGUGGCCCCCCCAGUGGUCGCCCCCCCCCAGCCCCGCCUGGACUGGCAGAUGUGGUUCGCGGCGCUGGACCAUCACACCAACAGCCCCUGGUUCACCAGCUUCGUGUACCGCCUGCUGCAGGGCAAGGGGGACGGUGAGCAGGGCCGGGGGGGUGGGGGCCACCCUGUGCUUGGGCCAUGGGACCCCCAGACUCCUUCCCUCAUGCCAUGGGACCCCCUGACCCCCUCCCUCGUGUCACAGCCACCCUGUGCUCGUGCCAAGGGACCCCGAUCCCCUCCCUCGUGUCCCAACCACCCUGUGCUCAGCCCGAGGGCCCCCCUGACCCCCCUCCUCGCCCCCCAGGACAAGCCGUCCCCGCUGCGCCCGGCGGACGCCCUCCUGCCCUGGCUGCUGCGGUCCCUGCGCCAGCUGGUCCGGCCCUUCUCCGGCCCCACCGUCCUCUGGUCCCUCUACCUCGUGGUGGCCACCGUCUGCCUCCUGCGGGCCCUGGGCCGCCGGCCCCGGGGGGGCGCCCCCCCCGCCCGCCACAAAGGGCCCAGGAGGGGGGAGCCCACGGACCGGGGGGGCGGCGAGAAGAACGGGCAAGUGCGGAGGAAAGAGGCCAAAGACGGGGAGGAGAAGGGGGAGGGCCGGCCCCGGGGGGCACCCGAUGGCCACGGGGGCACCAAGAAGAGGAAGUGAUGCCUGGAGCCACUGGCCCGGGCCCCGUCUUCCACCCACGGACUGAUGGCACGGCCCCCCCUCGCGUCCCCGGCUGGGGGGCGGCAGGGUGGUGUCCCCCCCCCACUGCUGUCACCUGCCAGCGCCUUCGCACACAGCGCCGUCAUCGCUUGCCGGUGUCACCACCCCCCCUCGGUAUCACCACCACCCCACGCACCCCCCCGGGGCCCAGCCGGGCUGGGGGGGUGAUGCUUUGUGCUGGGGGGGGUGCUGUGUGCUGGGGGU